UCAGCGGAUCCUAUGCCAAAAGCGGGUCUUCGAAUUGGAUCACUGCCUGCCGGGGAACAUCUCUCUGGAGCUCUCAUCCCUCCACCUGAGCCCGCGGAGGCUGCUGUUCGUCACCCAGAGAGAGCGGGAAGAACCGGACCCGGACCUGUGCAGCAGCUCAUCGUGGGAGAUUCCGUUGUCCGGCAUGUCCGUGUUGCCAGGUGCCAAACACUUUCAUUCUCAGGAUCAGCCGUCAAUGACAUUAAUAACUCUGCCCACCAACUCACUGUUAAAUACCCCUCUGCUGAGACAUUUAUUAUACAUGCAGGCACCAACAACCUUAAACUGCACCAAUCUGAGACUCUGAAAGUGGACUUUAUUAACCUCAUUCACAACAUCCAAGAUUUAAACAUAAACUGUAUCAUAUCUGGACCACUUCCUGCACCCCGUUACGGAGACAUCAUGUUCUCACGCAUCCGUCAGCUUCACAUCUGGUUAAAAUCAUAUUGUCACUCCAUGAGCAUUCCAUACAUCGAUAACUUCACAACAUUCUACAAUAGACCAUAUCUCUUCAAAGCAGACGGUUUACACCCCAACAAUAAUGGUUCCCGUCUUCUUAGCUUUAACAUUGAUCUCACCCUCCGUUCUUUCCAAACCAUUCCAAGCUGACGGUCGAACCAGGACACCCACACCCCUGAUCCAUCAUUCUCUGCCACUCAGCAUCAUAUACCAGUUCAUAUCACAAAUAGAUAUUCCAACUUCAAUUCUUUCCCAAGUGCCUCGCAUGUCAGAUGUCUCCGUCCAAUUCACACAACAACAGUCACUAAACCCAUCUCAUGCUCACAUCAGAUUUUACCCACAACAAUGAAAAUGGCUGUUUUUAAUGUCAGAUCACUUUUAAACAAGUCUUUUAUCAUCAAUGAUCUGAUUUUAGACCAUGAUUUAACUUGUCUGUUUUUAACUGAAACCUGGCUUGGCACUGAUGCUCCAGCUAUUCUCACUGAGGCUUCUCCACCUAAUUUUAACUUUUUAUUUUCUAUCAGGGGAGGUAAGAAAGGUGGUGGCACAGCAUCGAUAGCUCACGAAACAAUAUCAUCUGAAAAUAUUGUAUUUGACAAAUACUCUUCGUUUGAGGAUCAUGCUUUCCUCUUUGGUGCCCCACCUGUUUUAGCUGUCACAGUGUAUAGACCACCAAACCCUCCUUCCUGUUUUAUUGAAGAAUUUUCUGAAUUUUUAUCAUCUGUUCAUAUUAGAUUUAAUAGGAUUUUAAUUACUGGUGAUUUUAAUUUACAUGUUUAUAAAAAUGAUGAUGUCUAUGCUUGUGAGUUUUUAAAUCUUCUUAGCAGCAUGGAUUUUAAACAACAUGUCACACAGGCCACUCACAACAGAGGACACACCCUCGACCUCGUCAUCACCUACGGUCUGUCUGCCGGGGUGUCCUCUGUUGUUGAUUUAGCAAUAUCAGAUCACUGCUGUGUGUUUUUUAAUGUCACCAGUGAAAUCCAGCAGGAAGCCUCAGUGAGAACUGUGAGGAAACGGUAUAUAAAUCCUGAAGUGGCUGCAAGUUUUAUUAAUAAUUUUAACCAAACUCCUGCUCAAACUUCAUCUGCAUCCUGUGAUUUUAUGGUUGAUGAUUUUAAUAACAGACUUCAGUCUUCCUUAGAUGCAGUGGCUCCAGUAAAAACAAAAACAUUAAGAACCACUGUUAAAACACCAUGGAAGACUGACGACAUAAGGUGUCUGAAACAGAAGUGCAGAAGAGCAGAGAGGAGAUACAGGAAGACAAAACUAAUGAUUCAUAAAGACAUUUUUAAAGAACAACUCAAAAUUUACAAUAACUCCAUUAAAAAGGCCAGAACACUAUACUUUUCAAAUCUAAUUUCAGAAAAUAAAAACAAUCCCAAAGUUCUUUUUAAAACAAUAGAUAUUUUAAUAAAUAAAGAUUUUAAUAAGUCCUCCAUGCUGUCAUCUAAUGCUGCAUGUGAGGACUUCGCAGACCACUUCAUGGGUAAAAUCAAUGCUAUAAGAUCGAGCCUUUCACCUGUGC